UAGCGGCUCUUAAUCAGAUCCGCAUGAAGCCAGAGCUGCUCGGUUGGACCGCUGCUCGUCUGGGAAGUUUUGCAGAGAAAAACGAGACAAAAAAAACAACAAAAAAACAAAAGUCGGUUUAACCUGCCUGCCUUCACUUUCACCUCCCAGGCCCCUGGAGGACAGCAGCACGGCGGGCGAACCGGGACCGGGCUCGUUAGAUUCAGCCGCAUUGCCGGUCCGAGCCGCCGCCGGAGUUUAACGCACAGUUUUCUUGUUUUGUGCGCCGAUGGAAGCGGAAAAACCGCCCUGCUCUCAGAGAGAUGCCCGGCAGUGAGAGGAAACCUUCCUGGCAGGAUUUAAGUGGCGAGACAUGUGAAUCGAGGCAAACGAGGCGACCGUAAACGCUCGGCUGACUGACAAACCGGAGCAGUCGGACACAUUUUUUUGGAUGUCGUUCACCUACGACGGCUUUCUCCUGCCUGGAAGACGUCACAGAUAGCAGCCAAUGUCGGCAGAAAACAGCCCACCGCUGCCCCCUCCGCCGGCCUCCCCGCGGGCUUUCUCCGCCCUCCAUCAGCAUGCGGCCCCACCCACCCCGUCGCCGUCCCCCAGCCCGCCCGCCACCAUCUGUAGCCGGUUGUCCAAUGGCAGCCAGACGGCCCCCAGUCGCACAAACUCACGGGGCUCCAUCCACGGAGUCUCCUUCCUGCUACAGAUCGGACUCACCAGGGAGACGGUCACCCUCGACCCCGGAGACCACUCCCUGUCGGCUGUGAGGGAGCUCGUCUGCUCCAUCGUGGAUCAGAAGUUCCCUGAAUGCGGAUUUUUCGGGAUGUACGACAAGAUCCUGCUCUUCCGCCACGACCUGAACUCGGACAACAUCCUGCAGCGUCUGACCUCAGCCGAGGAGAUCCAUGAAGGCGACCUGGUCGAAGUGGUGCUCUCCGCUCUGGCCACAGCCGAGGACUUCCAGAUCCGACCUCACACGCUGUACGUUCACUCUUACAAGGCGCCGGCCUUCUGCGAUGACUGUGGGGAGAUGCUGUGGGGGCUCGUCAGACAGGGCCUCAAAUGUGAAGGAUGUGGACUGAACUACCACAAACGGUGUGCGUUCAAGAUCCCCAACAACUGCAGCGGCGUGAAGAAGAGACGACUGUCCAACGUCUCCCUGCCGGGCUCCAUCUUGUCUGUGGCUCGUCCCCCUUCCAUUGAGUUCACACCAACGCCGCAGGAGGAGCAGCGCCCCCUCCUGGGUGCCGGGAAGCGUAACUCCCUGCUGAGCGGCCGUCCAAUCUGGAUGGAGAAGAUGGUCCUGGGUCGGGUCAAAGUCCCUCACACCUUCUCCGUCCAUACCUACACUCGUCCCACCAUCUGCCAGUUCUGCAAGCGUCUGCUUAAGGGCCUCUUCCGCCAGGGGAUGCAGUGCAAAGAUUGUAAAUUUAACUGCCAUAAGAGAUGUGCGGCCAAAGUACCUCGAGACUGCCUCGGUGAGGUCGACUUUAAUGGAGAACCAGCCAGUCCCAGUUUGGACUCCGAGGCGACGAUGGAGGUGGACAACUGUGACGUCAACAGUGACGGCGGUCACAGCAUGGACGAGCAGGACGAACUGUCCACCCCCGACGACAAGCUCUUCUUCAUCGAGGGUCCCUGCACGGACGGUGAGAAGGAUGACGAGACGCUCAGAGCCAUCAGCCCGUGCACCAGCAGUAACAUCCCUCUGAUGCGUGUGGUUCAGUCCAUCAAACACACCAAGAGGAAAAGCUCCACAGUGGUUAAAGAGGGCUGGAUGGUCCACUAUACCAGCCGCGACAACCUGAGGAAGAGACAUUACUGGAGGCUGGACAGCAAGAGUCUGACUCUGUUUCAGAAUGAAAGUGGAGCCAAGUUUUACAAGGAGAUCCCACUGUCCGAGAUCCUCCAGGUGGAGCCGGCGCAGGACUUCGGCAGCCUGCCCCAGGGCAGCAACCCUCACUGCUUCGAGGUGAUCACAGACAACAUGGUGUACUACGUUGGGGAGAACAACGGCGGCCUGCACCACAACCCUGUUCUGGCGGCGACCGGCGUGGGGCGCGACGUCGGCCAGAGCUGGGAGAAGGCCAUCCGACAGGCGAUGAUGCCCGUCACUCCCAAAGCGAGUGUCUGCACAGGGCCCGGCCAGGGGAAGGUCCACAAGGAAUUAUCUAUCAGCAUAUCAGUGUCCAACUCCCAGAUACAGGAAAAUGUGGAUAUCAGUUCAGUGUAUCAGAUCUUUGCCGACGAGGUCCUCGGCUCUGGACAGUUUGGGAUCGUCUAUGGAGGUAAACACAGAAAGACCGGCAGAGACGUGGCGAUCAAAAUCAUCGACAAAAUGAGGUUUCCAACGAAGCAGGAGAGCCAGCUGAGGAAUGAAGUGGCCAUUCUCCAGAACCUUCACCACCCGGGGAUUGUCAACCUGGAGUGCAUGUUCGAGACGCCCGAGCAGGUGUUUGUCGUCAUGGAGAAACUUCACGGGGACAUGUUGGAGAUGAUUUUAUCCAGCGAGAAGAGUCGACUGCCUGAACGCCUCACCAAGUUCCUGGUCACACAGAUCCUGGAGGCCCUGAGACAUCUGCACUUCAAGAACGUCGUCCACUGUGAUCUGAAGCCUGAGAACGUUCUCCUGGCCUCAGCAGAACCCUUCCCUCAGGUGAAGCUCUGUGACUUCGGCUUUGCUCGUAUCAUCGGGGAGAAGUCGUUCCGUCGCUCGGUGGUCGGCACUCCGGCCUAUCUGGCGCCCGAGGUGCUUCGCAGCAAAGGCUACAACCGAUCUCUGGACAUGUGGUCGGUCGGCGUCAUCAUCUACGUCAGUCUGAGCGGGACGUUUCCCUUCAAUGAAGACGAGGACAUCAACGACCAGAUCCAAAACGCCGCCUUCAUGUACCCACCCAACCCCUGGAAGGAGAUCUCAGAGGAGGCCACAGACCUCAUUAAUAACCUGCUGCAGGUGAAGAUGAGGAAGCGCUACAGCGUGGACAAGUCACUGAGCCACCCGUGGCUGCAGGACUACCAGACCUGGCUGGACCUCAGGGAGUUUGAGACGCGGCGAGGCGAGCGCUACAUCACCCACGAGAGCGACGACGCACGCUGGGAAGAGCACGCUGACGAGAGAGGCCUGCACUACCCCAAACACUUCAUCAUGUCGCCCAACCUGGACGACAUGGAGGAGGACCCCUAGAGACCCACGGAGGGUAGACAUUUCACACAAAAGGAAGCAGCAACACCGAAGAGUCCCUCAACGGUUGCGUCGGACGAGUCCAUGGAAACUGUCACCAUGGAGACUGCGAGCUUUCCCUAAGAUGGCGGCAGGAAUAACGUUUGUUCGUGCAUCGCCAGGAUGCGGCGGUCAGGCAGCUGUGUGAGGACAUUGUGACAUGCUCACUGCGGCGAUAAUUCAGGUCCAGAGAACUUUAAUUUUAACACAUCUUAACUUUUUUUUUCCUGUUUCACUGCAUUCUUCAAUAAGCCAGGAAAAACACCCUGGAGGCCAAAAGCUGGAGGGACUUUUUCUUUUCCCAGAAUUCCACAUACAAUAAAUGUCUGCCAUGCCAGUCAAGCCACAGAAGGGCUAGCUAAAGACAAAUCGAGAGCCUUUAUAUACUUUUUCAGCUGAGAUAGCAUAUUUUUAUGACGCCGUUGUUACAUUUUAGAUCUCAUGUAGCGAUUAGGUAUUUUUCACAUUUGUUAAAGUUGUCCUACGUGACGCUAACUGGAACUCAGCAGAAACAAACAUGUUUAAUGUAUCGAUUAUGUUUUGAUUCUAAUGUUUUGUUUUCAUCCUUUUCGUUGUUCUUCGUUAAGAUGUCUUUGCACUAUUGGGAAACUCUUUUAAAAGGAGAAUUUCAAUGAUAAUAACUUUUUGUUUGUUCAUCUGCAAAAAUGGUUGAAAACAGAGUUAUCUGGAUUAAUGAAAAAACUUUCCACUAGCCGGGAAGUAAUUGUAAAGUUUUGAGGAAAGGUCAUCUUACCAAAAUCAAAACGGUUCAUCCUCUGUACGGUGGCCUUUUUAGGACAUCUCGGACUCAGCUUGUCAGACUCAACUCUGCACAGAUUCAGCUUUCAUCGGUCAGAGCUGAAUGUUAAUGUUAUGAUACAGAAUAUUAACGAGUGUGUGGUUACCAUGCAUACAAAGUAUUAGAUAGUAAAUGAAAACGUCCACUAUUCUUCACCCUGGGUUUUAUUUCUAGCUCACAACCUCAAUUGAAGCGAUUCGGGAAACCGUCAAAAUGUUACAGGACAAUUUUGGUAUUUUACAACUUGGGUCUUGUUCUCAUAGUUGUGGCGGUUUUUGACAAAUAUGUCAUGCUAAUUUUGCAACACAACAAUCUAAAUAAAAAAACCCACAAACAUAUCGUGGCAAGCAGCGUGAGCGUCCUAAAACGUUCCUUGUCUCCAAGUCCAACAUUGAAAGAAGCCUCCCAGAUUAGCUUUUUAUACUACUUGCAUAGAGAUUUACUUCCAAGACUUUUUUCCAGCAAAUCUAAUAAGCACAGAAAUCGUAGCUAAUGUUAAAAUGCUCAAUGUUAGCUGCGUAAUUGAUGUCAAUAGUACCCUGUGAAAGUGGAGUUUAGCAUAUUUGCUAACAUUUAGCAUUUUAGUGUAACAUGCUUUUUGUAUGUUAGUAUUAGUCAUUAGUUUCCGAGGUAUUUUUAAAUAUUUUACUUUUAAAUUUUAGAAGGAAGAAUCAGUUAUUAAGUUUCAUCCUCUGGGGACUGUGAAUGUCUGAAUCAAAAUACAUCUCUGUUAAUCUCAUAACCAAAAAUAAAGCUUGAGACCCAUAAAACUCUAUUUAAGAGCAGACACCAGGCUGCUGCCUGUAAUACUUUUGCAGAGAGACAAAUUCAGAGUUGUUUUCAGAGUGAUUCUUUCUGAACCUUUGGAUGAAGACGAGCUGAGUCGAGCUGCUAUUGUCUUUCUUUGGAAACCUGCCUGAGAAAAAAAACAACUCAACUGUAGAGCGUUGUUGAUCUGAUCUGACUCCAGCCUGAGAAUUUAUUCCACACAUUUUAUAUUUUUGCAAGAAAUGUUGUGUCAUGUGGGUGACUUAAAAUAUUAAAGCUGAAUGGUUUACUUUGGGAAAAA